AACAAAAUAAAAAAACAAACAAACUCUGAAAUUUCUCAAUUUCCUCGUCGUCGUCGCCGGUCCGGUGGUUUCUCUCAACUCCUCCGCCGAGACGACUGACGCCAUAAAAUCAGGCACGGAGUGGUGGGGGGAGGUUAAUAAGGAAGAUGACCUCAUCAAUCGUCUCGUUCCCAAUCUGCGCAAGAUUCACGCUAGUGAUUUGGUUUCUCACUGCGCUCGUGUCCGUGUCUUGUAAUCCGGGAGUGUUCAAUGUUAAGUACCGUUAUCCAAGGCUACAAGGCUCCCUGAGCGCUUUAAAGGAGCACGAUGACCGUCGCCAGCUCACAAUUCUCGCUGGAAUCGAUCUACCCCUUGGUGGAACUGGUCGCCCUGAUAUCCCCGGGCUUUAUUAUGCAAAAAUUGGAAUUGGAACACCUGCAAAGAGCUAUUAUGUUCAAGUCGACACAGGCAGUGAUAUCAUGUGGGUUAACUGUAUCCAGUGCAAACAAUGUCCUACACGAAGCUCUCUCGGUAUUGAGCUGACGCUGUACAACAUAGACGAAUCAAACAGUGGGAAGUUGGUCUCUUGUGAUGAUGAUUUUUGCUACCAGAUAAGUGGUGGUCCUCUCUCAGGCUGCAAAGCUAAUAUGUCUUGUCCUUAUCUUGAGAUAUAUGGAGAUGGUAGCUCUACUGCAGGUUAUUUUGUCAAAGAUGUUGUGCAAUAUGACAGUGUUGCUGGUGAUCUCAAGACAAAAACUGCUAACGGGAGUGUCAUAUUUGGGUGUGGAGCUAGGCAGUCAGGAGAUCUAGACUCGUCUAAUGAAGAAGCACUUGAUGGAAUACUUGGAUUUGGGAAAGCUAAUUCCUCCAUGAUUUCCCAGCUGGCCUCAUCAGGGAGAGUGAAAAAGAUAUUUGCUCAUUGCUUAGAUGGAAGAAAUGGAGGUGGUAUUUUUGCUAUCGGACGUGUUGUACAACCAAAAGUAAACAUGACACCAUUGGUACCCAAUCAACCACAUUACAAUGUCAAUAUGACAGCAGUUCAAGUUGGUCAGGAGUUUCUUAAUAUUCCAGCUGAUUUAUUUCAACCGGGAGAUAGAAAAGGAGCAAUAAUUGACAGUGGUACGACCUUGGCCUAUCUUCCAGAGAUAAUCUAUGAGCCACUGGUGAAGAUGAUAACCUCGCAGGAGCCUGCUCUGAAAGUUCACAUAGUGGAUAAAGAUUAUAAAUGCUUUCAGUACUCUGGAAGAGUUGAUGAGGGGUUUCCAAAUGUCACUUUCCAUUUCGAGAACUCGGUUUUCCUCAGGGUUUAUCCUCAUGACUACCUGUUCCCUUAUGAAGGAAUGUGGUGCAUUGGUUGGCAAAAUAGCGCAAUGCAAUCCAGAGAUAGGAGAAACAUGACACUUUUGGGAGAUUUGGUGCUUUCAAACAAGCUUGUUCUCUACGAUCUCGAAAAUCAGCUCAUUGGAUGGACUGAAUACAACUGCUCAUCAAGCAUAAAAGUAAAGGAUGAAGGAACAGGAACAGUUCAUUUAGUAGGCUCACAUUUUAUCUCUUCUGCACUGCCUUUAGAUACCUCUUUGCUUUUAAUUUCCUUACUUCUCCUUAUGACUCUUUUCCUUCUUUAGAGACUCCUUAUAGUUAUAUCUUUUGUACAUAGACUCUAACAUUUUGCUCAAAUGGUAAAAAUGGUCUGAAUAUAUAGAAGAUAAUACAAAGAAAAACCAGCAGCA